AUGCUAGUCGAAGCCAACGGAUACGCCAUCGGCUUUGAGAAUGCCCAGCCGGAGGAGAAGGCAAUUGACGAUACUGGCUUGACCUUCACCCGACUCACUGAUCUCCUUUCCAAGACUCAUCAAAGGUUUCAAAAACUUUGUGAAAAGUCCAAUGUUGUUGAUGUAAGUAUUUAUAAAGUUCGCUAAUUUGAAAAUUAUUUUUAUUUUGUAUUUUACAUACAUACAUAACCUUCAGAUAACCUACACACGAAUUGGGGUCACAACGGGCUUCUUGUCCAAGAUUUACAAUGUUGUGAUUGGGUUUUCCAACGGUCAAAAUGUCAGUGUAAUUGCAAAGAUUCCGCUGGUCGGAGGGAUCGACUCGAUUUGUGGGGCUGAUGGAGAGGUAAAUAAAAAUUUAAAACUGUAACUUUUAAGCGAAAAACAAACCUAUUUUAUACGGUAAGACAUAUCUUUCAUGUCCGCUUACCGCUAUCCGCUAGCAAUCUCUUUAAAACGCUAUUUUAGACAAGAGAUUCUCCACCAGGCGAGACACUGGACGCUCAUUCGAUUGAGUGCGACUUUUAUGAUCAAUUUUUGUACAUGAGAAAUGUCCCAUUGCCUGAUGUCUACUACACAGAAAAGACGAACUUGGCAAACGGAGAGAAAGGGUUGAUCCUAAUGGAAAAUUUGGCUACUCGGUCCGGCGCUCUCGGAUUUUAUCGAAGCGCAACGGAGGAGCAGUGCUAUCAGGUAAAAUUCCAGUGUUGCACUGGCGCCCCUUAUUGUUAGAAAAGGUUUUUCCACAGAGAGGUGUUGCUAUAAGAACAGCGGCAAUCACAAUGGCAAACCGUUUUAUAUCAAUGUGUCAGGAAAAUAGAGAACGCAAUGUCGCUCUGUCGCGCAGCUGAAAAAAAGCUACUUCAUUUUUCCGCGACAAAAUUCAGUUUCUCGGCGGCAACGCGAUUUUCACUGUCCUUAACAAAGUCCUUACUAUUUUUCCGAUAGACGAGGAGGUAACUGCAGUCUAUUAGACUGUCGGGAAAAUAAUGAGCGCAGCGUCGCUGCGUCAAUCGCGUCGCUAAAGUGAAAAAUAACUUGAUUUUGUCGCGGCACAAUGCCAUCUUUGUGGCCCGAUUUGAAUUGGCUAUAACUUCGUUAUUUUUUGGCCAAAUUUGAAGAUUCUUUUUACCUCUAAAUCCUCGGAAUCUCCCAUUUUGUAUAAUACCAAAGAUGCUAGACCUUUUUUUCUUAAACUACAGCGAAAAGUUACAAUCAACAAAAAAAAUUUGGUUCGCUCAUUCGACUGUUAAAAUUAAGGGUUCUGAGGAUUCAAUGAAUAAAGAAUCUUCAAAUUUGGCCCAAAGAUAAAGAAGUUUAGCCACAAAGAUGGAAUACCCUGUAAAAGAACGUUUGUUAAUUCAAACAGACGUUUGUUAUCACCUAACCAAUAAGACCUUCAUUUGGCCCAGCAUUUCCUGUAGGAUUAAAUUAAUAAGUGCCUGUAAAAUUGCCUCAGGUAAAUUCAGUCAAAAGCCGGUUUUAAAAAAGCUCCUCAGCAAUUAAAGCCUGUUCCUUUAGUUAGCCAAAGCUGUGGCCAAUUUCCAAUUCUGCGCUGCCGCUCCACGGCACAAGGAGUGGUGGAUGCAACUGCACGCCAACAUUCACACCGACUUUGACAUGAAUCUUGUAAAGCCCCUGUGGGAAUUUGCCCGAACAAUCGAUGAUUUAAAGGAUUUCUUGGAGAUCGCGAAGCCUUUUCAAAACAAAGAAUUUUGUUUGUAUUCGUUGAGGGAGAAGCCUGAGGAGUACAGUAAGCCGCGUUUUUAUUGUUUCAUACUUUCGAAUCUCGUAUUCUAAUAUAAAUAAAAACUGUCACCUUAAACCAAGUAACAACUUUUUAAUCUCGCUUAUUUUUUCGCAGAUGCCACAACGAUGUGUCAUGGGGAUUGUCAACCCAACAAUUUGAUGUUUGGAUUGAAGAAAGAUGGAUCUUUCAGCAAUGAGUUGGUCUCUAUUAUUGACUGGCAGUUGGUUUUUCAUGGUAAGUUAUGGCGUCUACUCGUCUGAAUAAAAAACAUCUUGUUUAGAUGUUUCAAAAAAUCCCGCUUUUCAAGGCGACAUACCUGUUUUUUCAGCGGAAUUUAGCACUACAAAACAUACGACUGUAGCCGGUUUUUUUCAUAGUUUUUAGCCCGUUUGGUACUUUGCUCGCAAUAAGCAAGGCCUAUGCCGGAAAACCCAAGAGAGUAGGCAAAACGCAGACGGCUGCCACAGAGGAAACCAGAAAGCUUUUUUUGCCAUGUUUCGCAUAAAAUUGCCGAUUUUUUCAAUCAUAUGACCGUCUGUAGUACCGUGAGCUGCGCAUUCGUUCUAAAAAAAGUAAUCUAUGUAAAACAUAUCUAUGAAAGUUCCAGCAAAUCUGAGCAUGGUGCUUUGACCACUUCCCAGCCAAAAAUAACCAUACAUAAUUAAGUAAUAUUUUAUCACUACGUUUGACAGUCUGAAUAACAGUAUUCUUCCUUUCAGGAUCCCCCGCCUUCGACAUGGCCAGAUUCAUUUGUCUUUGCGUGGACGCUGAAGUCCGAGAGAAAGCCGAGACCAAGUUCUACGAUCUCUACUAUAAGACGUUGUCCGACUUGUAUGCCAAAUCUUGCCACAAACCGCCGUUUACUUAUCAACAGGCAAGUCUUAGCUCCUGA